GACAAGGUGUUAAUCCUCGAAUUGUAGGGUUUAAGAGCUUUUAAGUUACAAGAAUAAAAAUAAUUUAAGAACUUGUGUGCAAAAAUGGGGACAAAUAGGAUAAUCUUUGGUGUAGACCAGCGAUGGGAAAUCAGUGGUUUUUUGAUUGAUGAUGCUGCAACAGAGAUUGAUCCCAUAAGGCAGGGUGUUCUUACUUUAAUCUUUGUCCUCUUUUCCCUCUGGCGUGUUCGUAGAUCAUGGCUGAGGAAUGUUGUUAAGAAAUGCUCCAACAUUGAAGUUCAACGUGAGAUUUUCAAAUGUUUGGCCAAAAUAGUUCACAGCAUUUGGGGUGGAGUGGAUCCUUCAGUUGUUUUGGAAGACCUCAUUCAGGAUUUUGUUGAUCAAACUGCCUUCAUAGAGUAUUUUAAGGCAUCUUGGGUGCCUAAGAUAGAAAUGUGGCUCUCAACAAUGAGAACGCUUCCACUUGCAAGUCAGGAGGCAUCUGGGGCCAUAGAAGCCUACCACGUGAAGCUUAAAGCAAAAUUGUUUGAUGAUUCACAUCUUGGUGCACUUCAAAGAGUUGACUGGUUAGUUCACAAGCUCACCACUGAAUUGCAUUCAGCCUAUUGGCUUGACCGGUAUGCAGAUGAAAGUGAUUCAUUUCAAAAUGUUAAGGAGGAAUAUAUUGCAUCUACAUCGUGGCAUCGCGCACAACAAAUUCCCGAUUCUGCCGUUACCUUGGAUGAUAAGAAUCACCAAUUUGCCAAGGUAGAAAGCCAGAAAGAAAGUAGUGUAACACAUUUAGUUUGGAACCCUGGAUCAGAAUUUGCUUUCUGUGAUUGUGCAUGGUCUAUGCAAGGCAACCUUUGCAAGCAUUUCAUUAAGGUCAAUAUGAUGUGUGAAAAUUGUGAGGGCUAUCAACCUUCCAUGUCUUAUCAGUCCUUCAGAGAGAUAUUGGUGGAUCUCUGGAAAAAGCCAAUGGAUGAUUCAGUUGCAUUAGAUGAGUCGGUUGCUUGGACUCACCAGAUGCUCAAUCAAAUUAAACAACUAGUGGAACUGACUACUUCAAAUGACAUUGGUGCUGUUGUAAACAAUAUGCCAUUGAAAUGGGUAUCUAAGAAAGGCAGGACGUUUGUUGGGAUACCAGCCUCUAUUCAAGCUCCUCCAUCCAGCUCCAAGACCAUUUCAAAGAAUGCACGCAGGAGUAGGAAGAGAAAAAGAUUGUCAAGAUUGAGAUGAUAGCAUAAGUUGUUUCUAUAGUGUGUCAUAGCUUGACACUGCCAACUGGAUAUCUAACAUGCAAAUCUUGUUGACUGUCAUGGUGACUGACUGCAUGGCAUGCGUGGUGCUUUUACUCUCUUGGAGAAGCUAACCCAUGCUAAAUGAAGCAGUGAUCGAGUGUAGCCAACCUAUGAAGAUAUGUUCUCACGAAACACUGCAUUUCCACUUACAAUAGUUGGAAAUGUGAAGAUUUCUUAGAGAAUAAUCACUCUUGAAUUCCAUCAAGAUGGAUUAGGAAGCGGACUUUGAAAAGAAGGUAGCAAUCACUAUCAAAAUUUGCUUCAGAAUUUGGGCACACUUGGGUAUUAUGCUAAUUAUUUCGUUCCAUCAUUCCUUCUGGCACUUAGUUACCUAACUUACCUUGCAGUAUAAUUGCUUGCAAGGGACCUUUAAUGUGCAUUUUGGGUUGAAGAUGAAUAUGGCGGGCAUCAUACAAUGGAUCCAUCCAUCAUAUGAUUAGUUUCUGUUGUGAAGAUGCGCUAAACUUGAAGAAGAUACAAAAACAUUGGUUGUUUAACAAACACUCUCAAAGUCAAUAGGUUGGACUUUGUUGUUAUUGACUUUUACUGUAUUAUAAAAUGGAUCCCCUUUU